AUGGGGACCGUGGCCGGGAUCACCACCAUCGAGGCGGUGAAGCGCAAGAUCCAGGUUCUGCAGCAGCAAGCCGAUGAUGCAGAGGAGAGGGCGGAGCGCCUCCAGCGGGAAGUGGAGGGGGAAAGGCGGGCCCGAGAACAGGCUGAGGCUGAGGUGGCCUCCUUGAACCGUAGGUUCCAGCUGGACCGAGCUCAAGAGCGCCUGGCCACUGCCCUGCAAAAGCUGGAGGAAGCUGAGAAAGCUGCUGAUGAGAGCGAGAGAGGUAUGAAGGUUGUUGAAAACCAAGCCUUAAAAGAUGAAGAAAAAAUGGAACUCCGGGAAAUCCAACUCAAAGAAGCUAAGCGCACUGCAGAAGAGGCAGACAGGAAGUAUGAAGAGGUGGCUCGCAAGUUGGUGAUUAUUGAGGGAGACUUGGAACGCACAGAGGAGCGGGCCGAGCUGGCAGAGUCCCGUUGCCGAGAGAUGGAUGAGCAAAUCAGACUGAUGGACCAGCACCUGAAGUGUCUGAGUGCUGCUGCAGAAAAGUACCCUCAAAAAGAAGACACAUAUGAGGAAGAGAUAAAGAUUCUUACCGAUAAACUCAAGGAGGCAGAGACACGUGCUGAGCUUGCUGAGAGAUCGGUAGCCAACCUGGAAAAGACAACUGAUGAUUUGGAAGCCAAACUGAAAUGCACCAAAGAGGAGCACCUCUGUACACAAAGGAUGCUGGACUAG